GGGAAGGCCUCCUCGCGGAAGGGCGGCGCCAGCGCGCCAGGCAGGCGGUAGGCGGCGUCGCUGCCGCCGCCGCCGCGCGCGAGAUGGUGCCCCAGGCGUGGCCGCAGCAGCGCGCCUUGCCCGCCAGGAAGGUCUCGGAGGUGGUCAGCUGGGCCGGCGUCCAGGUGUCCGGCGUCGGCAUCCGCUACCACGGCGCCGGCGCGGCAGCCCCGCCGCCGGGGGCGCUCGCGCCGCUCCCGGCGGUGCAGGGCCCCGAGCCCGCGCCCCGCGAGGCGGGCGAGGGCUCGGACUGGUCGGAGGGCGAGGGCGACAUACCGAACGAGUUCGACGUCGACCUCAGCUCGGACAUCGGGAGGCAGGAGCCAAACGUGCGCCCGCUGCAGCCGAUUCGGUCGCUGGCCAGCGAGCACAGGCACAACGCCAACCUGGUCAGGCAGUUCGAGGAGCUGUCUAGGUCUUUUACGGCCUGGCGGCCCGUCCGCGGCGACGGCAACUGCUACUAUCGUGCGGUGCUGUUUGCAUGGAUCGAGCGCUGCGUGGCGGUGGGCAAUCUGGAAAGCCUUCGCAGGUUCAGUUCCGACCUGAAGCCGCACCGGCAGAACCCAGUGCUAGCAAGGUUUGCACGCACGUGCAACCGGCUCCUGCGGGGCUGGAUCGGCAAGCGAAGCCAGUGCACAGGCGAGGCUGCGUUGCGAGAUCUCUUGAUGGAAAUCGGUGACGACUUCAACCGACCAGACACGGACCGCGCCUUCAUAUUCUGUUUGCGGUACCUGGUUGCCGACUACCUGCGCGCCCACGCGCACGAGCAGCUGGAGCCCACGGGGUCCAACAUGGACCUGAACAGCACGAGCAGCGCCCUCACGUACGAGACGUGGGCGCAAGCGAUGGGCGCGAAGAACAUAGAGGAGUACUGCGAGCGGGACGUCUGCGUCAUGAACAAGGAUGCGGCGGAUCAUGUCCAGCACGUGUGCCCGAGGGUGCUGCGCACCAUCGUCCGCAUCUGCAUGGUCGACCGCGAGAGCGCGCAGUUCCAGGCCAUCGACCACGGCACUCUGCGGAUGCAGGCGGGCAGGUCCGUGAGGUCGGCCAUGGAGUUGGCGAGCGUGGGGGCACAGCGAGGGCCUGAGAUCUACCUGCUCCUGAAGCCGGGCCACUACGACAUCCUCAUACCGCAGGCCGACAUCGUGGGCAGGCUGCUGGAUCCCGAGAGGCUGUCCGGCGCGGCGCGGGCUCCGGGCGAGCGUCACGGGGCCGCGCCCGAGCUGCCUGCGGACGCCGCCUGGCUGCGGAGGCACAGCGACCAGAGGUGGCGCGCACUCCUGCAGCUGACGGGCGAGCUGAUGGAGGCCUUCAAGUCGGUGACCCGCUGCUUGGAGGACAAGCUGGUCGAGGAGAUGCAGUGCAAGCGCAAGCGUGUGGGCAGCACCGACGAGGCCUUGUUCGAGGCCCAGCUCAGCAGCGUGGUCGACCCCGUCCGCAGCCUGCUCGGGAAGCUGCAGUGCUUCCCCGAGGACAGCCCCUUCAGCCAGGACCGGGAGCCCCCGCGCAGCGUGCCCUCUGCGCAGCUGCUGCUGCUGCCGCAGCUGACGAGCCUCCUGGCGGCGCAGGGCGCGCCGCCGCCCCUCCCGCAGGCGGCCUUCGCGCCCGCGGCGCGGGCCGCCGCAGCAGCCGUGGCAGCUCCCGCGCCGGCGCCGGCGGUGCCCGCAGCUCCGGCGCCGGCUGGCGCGGCCGCCUCCCUGCACAAGGCGGUGGCGCAGUGCGGCUGCGGCUACCACCUCGAGUGCCUGCGGGAGUACGCCGAGAUGGAGCACAAGCCGCCGCAGGACAUCUGCUGCCACCUCCACGACCGGCCCCUCGGCGGCGCCUUCGUGGCGCAGCACCUGCCCGGCUUCUCGCCGCCGCGGGGCGCGGUGGCGCGCGGCGGCGCCGCGGGCGCCGCGGGGGCGCUCCAGGAGGGCGCCUUCGGCCCCGCGGCCCAGCAGCAGCCGAGGCAGCAGCACUUGGCGCAGCCGCCGUACCAGGCGUUGCCGGCCGAGGCCGUCGGGCAGCUGGACGCGCUGGCGCGGGGGCAGCUGGAGCACCG